GUGCUAAUAAUACCAAUCCAACUACUUCCGAGUUCCCCGAUACUGAACCACAAACUUGUAAUGAUAUUCCGGAUUCUAGCUUAGUACCACUCGUUGCUAAUCCUCCACCACAAAAUGCCACUCAAUUCAUUUUAAAUAUUACUUAUGGCCCAAAUGCAGAUGGCCGUGGAAUCUUCUUUAUGAAUGGAAAUAGUUUUCAACCAAACUUUAGUAAUUCUACAUUAAAUCAAUUGACUUCUGGCGUUAGUCCACAAAGUUUACCUGCAAAUCAGAAUAUAAUCUCUUAUGAUACUGCUAAUGCUGGCAUUGAAUUGGUUUUCAUUAACAAUAUUCGUGAUAUUCAUCCUUUCCAUCUGCACGGUCACUCUUUCUACGUCGUUGGAAGGGGUAAUGGCACUACACCAAAUCCAAGCACUUAUAAUUUAGUUAAUCCACCAUAUCGUGAUACUGUAACGAUACCACCAACUGGAUGGUUAGCAAUACGAUUCGUCGCUGACAAUCCAGGUGUAUGGGUAGUACAUUGUCAUAUAGAAUGGCAUGUUGAGAUGGGUAUGGUUGUAACGCUUGUUGAACGACUUAACGAAUUAAAACAACUUCCUAUACCAGACAGCGUUAAACAAUUAUGUAGAGCAUCAUAA